CCCAGAGAUAUUUUUCCGAUUGGGGAUUUAUCAAGCGGGUGAUUACUAUGCAUAUGGAAUCUGAAUAGUCGUGAAGUUUAAAUAGGGGGCGGCUGGGUCUGUAUUCUUAAUCGGUCUCAUCAAAUCAUUCCAGGGGAGGGAUACCGAAGAUUAAAUAUGUAGUUAUAAAGAUCCUACAUAUCCUUUCCUGUUGGCUGUACAAGAAUUUCUUACAUUCGUCGAUCAUUCUCUUUCUUCUCAAUUACAAGGAAUAUCCAAAUAUAUUUCAUCAUGGUUGCCUUCUCGAGAUCAUUACAGCUUUCCUUUUCGGUUUUGGCAUCUACAGUCGUUGCCAUCCCUACACCAUCACAGCUUGAAUCUCGGGCCGUUAUCAAUUCCGAUGCCGUUGUAGGAUUUCCCGAAACCGUUCCUAGCGGGACAGUAGGAACAGUUUAUGAGACAUAUCAACCAUAUCUUAAGAUAGUCAAUGGAUGUGUACCAUUCCCUGCAGUCGAUGCAUCGGGUAACACAGGUGGUGGUUUGGCACCAACUGGCAGUAGCAACGGUGAUUGCAGCAGUAGUACCGGACAAGUAUACGUCCGAGGAGCACAAAGCGGAUCAUACUACGGUAUCAUGUACUCCUGGUACAUGCCCAAAGACGAGCCUUCAACCGGUCUUGGUCACCGUCACGACUGGGAAGGAGUAAUCGUCUGGCUCUCCAGCUCCACCGGCACAACCGCCGACAACAUCGUCGCCGUGUGUCCUUCCGCCCACGGAGACUGGGAUUGUUCCACCGAUGAAUUUUCCCUUUCUGGUACCAGUCCUCUCAUCCAAUACGAAAGUAUCUGGCCGAUCGAUCAUUCAAUGGGUCUUACUAGUACUGUUGGGGGACAACAACCUAUGAUUGCGUGGGAAUCGUUACCUACUGCUGCUCAAACUGCUCUUGAGACGACGGAUUUUGGUUCGGCGAAUGUUCCUUUCAUUCCAUCGGCUUUUGCAAAUAAUCUUGCGGCUGCUACUUUUUAGACUGGAUGUCUUUACUUAUGAAUAUUGGGGCUAUUCUCUGGGAGUAUUCUGGCUUUUACCCCUGUAAUGUUUGAUGUUUGGUAUUUGAUUAAGGCGUUGGGAUGUACUCACGUCACUUCAGUUUAAUGAAAAGUUUAAUUUUUCACCC